GGUUUGUGGACUUGAACCCAUCAGUAUUUAAGGCGUUUAAACUGAUUUAGAGCACUUUUCUUUUUUUUAGAAACGUAUUGCAAAUUAAGGUAGAGUGUUAAAUGUAAUGGAGCUGCAUUAGUGAUGUGUGGAACAACUGAGAUCAGUGUGACAUAAUAUUGCAAACAUGGAGUUUAUUAAAGAAGAGAAUGAAGAAAUGGUGAUUCCAGAUCCGUGCAGAGUGAAAGAAGAAGACACUGAGGAGAAAAUAGACCUGGUGCCGCUGAAAGAGGAAAGUCAAGAAAUGAAUGAAGUGGAGGAGAAACAUCAUGAUUUCACCAGUGGAGGAAAAUCCUUUAGAAGCACGGAGACAGAAAAUAAUUCCUCCAAAAAACAAAAAAGAACUCUGAAAACAAGAUCUAAAAGUAGUUUCACUUGCUCUCAGUGUGGAAAGUGUUUCUUGCGUAAAGGACACCUUCAUAGCCACAUGAGAAUUCAUAGUGGCGAGAGCCCUUUCACAUGCCAGCAGUGCGGAAAGAGUUUUAAACAAAAAGGAAACCUUAAAAGCCACAUGCGAAUUCACACCGGCGAGAGCCCUUUCACAUGCCAACAGUGCGGAAAAAGUUUCACUCAGAAAGGAAACCUUAAAAGCCACAUGAGAACUCACACCGGCGAGAGCCCUUUCACAUGCCAGCAGUGCGGAAAGAGUUUUAAACAAAAAGGAAACCUUAAAAGCCACAUGCGAAUUCACACCGGCGAGAGCCCUUUCACAUGCCAACAGUGCGGAAAAAGUUUCACUCAGAAAGGAAACCUUAAAAGCCACAUGAGAACUCACACCGGCGAGAGCCCUUUCAUCUGCAAAAAUUGUGGAAAGAGCUUCUCACUGAAAGGAAACCUUAAUCAACACAUGAAAAUCCAUUCUGGAGAGAAGCCUUUCGCAUGCCCUCAGUGUGGAAAAGGUUUCUCGCAGAAACAGUCCCUUAAUUGCCACAUAAGAAUUCACUCUAGAGAUAACCGUUUUAUAUGCCAUAAGUGUGGGAUGAGUUUCACAGACAUGGAACACCUUAACAGACACGUAAUAACUCACACCGGAGAAAAGCCUUUCAAAUGCCAGCAGUGUGGAAGCAGGUUCAGAUUAAAUAAAAACCUUAAGAGUCACAUGCGAGUCCACACCGGAGAAAAGCCUUACAAGUGCAAUCACUGCGGAAAGAGUUACGCUCAAAAAGGAAACCUUAAUGUUCACGUCCGACUUCACACUGGAGAGCGGCCGUUCGUUUGCCCUCAGUGUGGAAAGGGUUUCACACAUAAAGGAAAUCUUAAGAGUCACAUAAGAUUUCACACUCGGGAGACGCCUUACACGUGUCUUCAGUGUGGAAAGAGUUUCGCUUAUCAGAGAGACCUGAAAAUUCAUUUGCAUAUUCAUUCUGAGUUCGUUCUGCAGUGUUCGGAGUGUGGCAAGAGGUUUGCAGACAAGAUCAACUUCGUAAAUCAUCUGCGCAUUCACCCCGCAGAAAGGCUGUUUAACUGCGAUCACUGCAAUAAAAAGUUUCUUUUUCAGUCCCACUUAGAGAUACACAUGAGAAGCCACACUGGCGAGAGAACUUAUUUGUGUUCUUUGUGCGGAAAGGAUUUUAAAUGGCUUGGCAAUUUGAAAUCACACCAGAAAAUGCAUGCUGGUGUGAAUGCUUGUGCCAGAGCGAGCCACUUGAAACAGCAGCAACAAACCCAUACCGGAGAAAAAACAGUCAAGGAUUCCAAUAUUGCAAAGCCUUUGACUACUUCAGAAACGUCAAAAACAGAAGGGGUGCAUCCUGGAGAGAAGCUAUACAGCUGCGCUUCAUGUGGGAUGAACUUCAGCACAACAAUUUAUCUGCUGGCUCAUAAGAAAAGGCACUGUCUGAAGUAGCCAUAAAGAGCAAAGCUCAUCUUCAGGUGGACGGACAAAUUAAGACGCACCGAAAGAUGAAAUUUCUCCCAAAAGUCAUUUGAUGCAAGUUCUACGGCGGAAGAGGUCAAAAUAUGUUUAAUAAAUGUUUUCUUACUGUGCAGUACCACAA